AAAUUGAAGUGCAGAUUCCGUAUUUCGUCUUCAUUAUUCCUGCUAUUUUGUCUAAUCACAGUCUGACCUAUCAGAAAGUGAAUAUAACUGCCUCUUCUCCUUACACAUUCAAAUCAAGGUCACGUGACCCCAUAUUGAAAAUGACAGGCUGGUAUUUUAUGAGUUUACCGGGCCCUAGUUUAUGGGUUUCUGCGCAAGACGAAGAGAGGCCUCGUUUAUCACCGCCAGACGAAAGGAAAAUGAUACGUUGCUAGACAUUGAGGUAUUGUGGUAAACUUCGAAAACGAUUGUUUGGAGGCGUUCUCGUUGGCGAAUGGUCGCAGUUUCUUGAAACCAUAUCCAAAUAAAAAUACAAUAGUUCGAAUGUUGUACACCUGGGAACAAAGCAUUAACGUGGAGCAUUCCUAGCGCACCUUUUCAUCAAAAGUCUUUGGAGUUGAAUGAAGUCUGAAUCAUCAGUUUGAUUGGUUGGUAUCGCGUCACAUGACUGCUGGGUAGGUCGAUGGUGGAGAUGAUUUGAGUUAUCAUAAUAUGACACAUAGAAGGGGGAAUGAAAUAAAUUUCAGCAACAGAGACAUGCACAAAACCGCGUUUUACAACCACCCGGCCGUGUUUCAGAAUUACUUCCCCGGCGAUACUAAUUACUGCUAUGAUGUUCCGUAUGGGCAACCAAACAUGUCUCCUCAGACAGGAGAUUUCUACUCCCACCCAUCAUGUGCCGUGCAGAACAACAGCUUAUCAUCUCCAAACGGAUCUUAUGGAACACAAUACACAGGUCCUGACGGGUACCCUAACCACUUGACCGGGGUGGGGAGUCCGAAUACCGCCUCUUUUAGUAACAAGGGAGAAAUUUAUCCAUGGAUGAAAGAAUCGAGGCAAAACUCAAAGCAACGCCAAACAACUCAGCAACAAAAACAACAGCAACAACCACAACCUCCACAGCAACCUCAGCAAAACCAACAGCAACAGGGACAAACAGGGCAGGCAGCUCAGCAACCCGGACCUGAGCCAACAAAGAGAGCGAGAACAGCGUAUACCAGCGCCCAGUUAGUGGAACUAGAGAAGGAAUUCCAUUUUAACCGCUACCUCUGCCGACCCAGAAGAAUAGAAAUGGCGGCGCUGCUGAGUCUAACGGAGCGACAGAUCAAAAUCUGGUUCCAGAACAGAAGGAUGAAAUUCAAAAAAGAACAGCGCCAAAAACCCCAUUCUGACAAGUGUAAACACGACGGGAAUUUAUCCGGAAGUGAUAGUGACAGCCAAGGGUCGACAUCCGGUGGCGUUGACCGACUUGGCAGUGAUUGUGGCGGGAAAUUGAGUCCGGAUGACCUGGUUCAUCCACAUUCACCUCAUGGUCUGCACCCCGGGAUGGGGGCACAUAACAAUCACACGAACCACAAAAUCACGCACUCACCUCAAGUCCCGGGACAGGACCAGAGUUUACGUAACCAGUACCUCACAGAUAACAGUAAUUACUUCCGGGAACAAACCUCACCUCGCCAGACUCAGUCAAUCUCACCGCCGCAUCCACAUUAUAACGACAUAUACCAAUCCUCACAACAUCCGGGCUACAAUCACCUCCCUCCCGAUACCACGGGUUACACGACAGCGGGUCCUUACAAUACCCACAGUCCCGUGUACCCAGAGUUACCUCCCGCGAAUGCCCAAAUGGAGGCGGGAAAUCAGUAUUCAUCUAAUAUGGGAUACACCACUGGGAUUCCAAACUCAAAUUGUUAUACUCAGGGUUCUUAUGACUACAUGCCAAAAUUGACACAUUUAUAAUUGAAGAAUAAUGAUAGUUUUGUGUUAGAUAAAUUCUGUUGGAUUUUUGUAGUGCAAAAAUCUUUAAAAAUAAAAAAGAUUUUACUUUGAAAACUGGUGACAUUUCUGCGUUGAUCUUGAACAAUCUGGCACCAACAAACUGUGAAAAAUCCUG